CAUUCCAACGUGGACUCUUCCUCUCUCAAUUACUACUAACUUGCUUUUUGGGUGCAACAACAAUAUAAAAGUGUGUGGGAGAGAGAGAAGAGCCAUUACCAAGAACAAAACAACACCACAAAGCCUUCUUCUUUUAUUAAUUUUUCCAAGUCUGUGUUAACCCAAACAAAAAAAGAUUACACUACAGUACUUCUUUGGUGCAAACAAAAAGACUUGAAGAGAGAAAAAGAAAGUAAAAGAAUCUAUUGUAUAUUCUCUCCCGAUGAGGAUCCGCAAACGCCAAGUGCCUCUUCCCCUUUCUUCUCUAUUACCUGUUCCUCUCUCAGAUCUCUACUUUAACGGGUCACCGACGGCCACCGAUCGUUACUUUUGCGGCCAAGACAGCGACGGAGUUCUUGCUUCUCUUCUUCAGCUUUCGCAACCACCCGUGCCGGUUUCUGAUGGUCAGCAGCGAGAUGUGAUGAGCAAGAAGCAGGAGAAAACUAUGGAUGAUGGUGGUGAAGUAGACGUGAAGAGUAGUACUGAUGCAUCGGGCAGUCGCAGCAAGAACGUUAAUCCCGCAGGAGAAUCUGACUCUUCAACACAAGUUGUCGAGAAGAAUGAAAAGGCUGUUACCUUGAGGAAGAGAAGAGGCUUUAUAAGCUUUGAGGAACAAGAAGAGGAUGAGGAGGAAGAAGAAGAAGAAGAAGCUAGUGGAGGCGGUGGUGGUAGUAAAGGGAAGAAGAAGAAGAAGAAGAAAGCCAAGAAGAGCGGUGCGUUGGAGGAAGGAUCACGGUGCAGCCGAGUUAACGGUAGAGGAUGGAGAUGUUGUCAGCAAACUCUUUAUGGGUAUUCUCUUUGUGAGCAUCAUCUUGGUAAAGGAAGGGUAAGGAGCAUGAACAAGAGUGCUGGCGCUCGCGGCGGCCGACAGAAAAAGGCCGAGGUGGUGGAAGUGAAGAACAAGAGAGUGAAGCUUGGGAUGGUGAAGGCCCGUUCCAUGAGUAGUUUGCUUGGACAAACCAGCACAAGUAGCGGUAUUGGUGAUGUUCUUGUUGGUACUGAGAGUGAGAUAAAUGCACCUGCUGAUCAGUUUGAUGCUCCUGAUAAGUAUACGACAGACCGAGACCCAACCAAGUAAUCUUUUUGGAUUUGUCCACCAGCAUCAGACAGACCCGAUUGAUCGUAAGUAGAUUUUGAAUCAGGGGAAUAGCACUUUUUUCCAAAUCUUCUGUACCAUUCGACCACGCUUGUGGUUAAAGAAAAAUA